CGGCGGUCCGCCCCUUCGCUCGGUCUUGAUCUCCCUCUCCCUCCCUCUCCCUCCCUCGUGCAGGAACAAGGAGUCUGCGUCUGGGACUGUCACGGCCAUGGGGAAGGACUACUACAAGGCCCUGGGGAUCCAGUCGGGGGCCAACGAGGAUGAGAUCAAGAAAGCCUACCGCAAAAUGGCCCUCAAGUACCACCCGGACAAGAACAAGGAUCCCCACGCGGAGGACAAGUUCAAGGAAAUAGCCGAGGCCUACGAUGUGCUGAGCGACCCCAAGAAGCGGGCGGUCUAUGACCAGUACGGGGAGGAGGGACUCAAAGCUGGUGGUGGUCCUGCCGGCCCUUCUGGGAGCACCUUCCACUACACCUUCCACGGGGACCCUCAUGCCACGUUUGCCUCCUUCUUUGGGGGCUCCAACCCCUUCGAUAUCUUUUUCAGUAGUGGCCGAUCCAGGGUCUUCAAUGGCUUUGACCAUGAGGACAUGGAUGUUGAUGACGAUAGUGAUGAUCCGUUCAGUGCUUUCAGCCGUUUUGGUUUCAAUGGCAUCAACGGUGUGCAUCGGCGGCACCCAGAGCCCAUCCACAUGCGCCGGAAGGUGCAGGAUCCGCCCGUGGUUCAUGAGCUCAAGGUUUCUCUGGAAGAAAUCUACCAUGGUGCUACUAAGCGGAUGAAGAUCACCCGCCGGCGGCUGAACCCGGAUGGGCGAACAGUGCGGACAGAGGAUAAGAUCCUAAACAUCGUCAUCAAGAGAGGGUGGAAGGAAGGCACUAAGAUCACCUUCCCCAAGGAAGGAGAUGCUACCCCAGACAACAUCCCAGCUGAUAUUGUCUUCAUUCUGAAGGACAAGCCACACACUCAUUUCCGUCGUGAUGGGACAAACAUCAUCUACACAGCCAUGAUCAGUCUUAAAGAGGCCCUCUGCGGCUGCACCGUCAACAUCCCCACAGUGGACGGGCGCGUGAUCCCCCUGCCCUGCAGCGACAUCAUCAAGCCAGGCACUGUGAAGCGGCUGCGUGGGGAGGGCCUGCCUUUUCCCAAGGUGCCCUCCCAGCGUGGGGACUUGAUCGUGGAGUUCAAAGUCCGCUUUCCGGACAGAAUAGCCCCCCAGACCCGUCAAAUCCUCAAGCAACACCUGCCCUGCUCCUAGAGCUGCUGGGCCGGGCCACGCCUGCCUGCCAGCCUGCCUGCCUGCCUGCCUGCCAGCCAGCUUGCCCUCCAAGCAGCAAUACUUCACGCCGCGCCCGAGCCGCAUUGCACCUGACCUGGGCGUCGCCCCAGGGCCCACCUGCCUCUUGCUGCAAACCAUGUCCUCCCGUUGCAAGAGACACGCUCUGGUCUGACUGUGCCUCCACGCCCCCCGGCAGCUUGGCUCACUUCAGGAGGUUCCCUUUUGGAUCUGGUGUCCCUGCUUUGCGUGAGCCUCGGGGGUGCCAGGUCCGCUCCCAGGGAGCUUUUCUUCUCCAGAGCCUGGCUGGGGAGUGACUGUCCAUUUUUCAUCAAGGAACACCAGAGCCCUGUAAAUAGACCCCGGCUCCUCUCCUCUUUCCUGCCCACUCCGUCUGGAUUGCAGCCGGUGGGGAUCACAACGCCAGCCCCGUCCUACGCAGCAGGAGCAGACCCCAGCCAGAGCUGGAUCCCCUUCCCGUGCCAGGCACGGAGAAGGGCCGCCUCUGUCCGCCUUCUGUUUGCGCACGCAGACCCUGCGGCAUUGGACCGAAUCAGCCCUCUCCAGCAAGCCACGGCCUGCUUUGAGACGCAGCAGGGGCCUGGCGCUCGGGGCGCUUUGGACGGAAGGAUCCUCUUUGUAUUCUAAUAGAAAUGUCAUAAGGACUAGUCUCUUCCUGUCUGUGUUGGGUUUUCCUCUUAAUUCCUCAGGAAGGGCUGGCGGGGGGGGGCACGAGGGGGCUCCCGGCGGAAGGUGGGCGGGAACGGGAGCUGCAGGGCGACCACUGAGGGGGCGGGGGGCUGGGCUGCUUCCGGUGGGUCGCCAGGUGGUGGUGGUGGUGGUGUGUUUUCUGGGGGCAGGAGGGCAAGCCUGGGUGGGCAGAGGGGCGUGAGAUCUGCUUGGGUGCUGCUGGGUGCGUAGGCUGUCUUUUAACUCUUCAGGGGGAGAUUUUUAAAGAAACGUUUCUUAUCCUUGACAAUUACGUUUUGCUUUAGGCCGGGGCUGGCCGUGUUGUCGGGCCUGGAGGGGACCGGGGGCAGGUGUCCAAAGCUGCUUUGCCAGACAGCAUCUUGUCACCUUCUCCAUCCCCCCCCGCCCCCCUGAAUUAAAAACUUGUGUCAAGACUCUUCUGUGGGAUUGUGGACUUUCCACCCUUUCCGUUUUGAAUUAAAACAGUUUCUCUAACUUAAAACGGAGGUGACCCCUUGGGGACCCUUUCAGUCCAUAGCUGCCAAGGCACCCAGGGUGACCUCCCCCCCUCCUUUCAGGUGGGUGGCGGAGCCGCGGGAGGCAAGCUUGGCUUGGCCGUGGUCGGACGGAGGCUCCGGAGGCCGUGCGCAGCCACUUCCUGUAUAGUUGUACAGAACUGAACACUUCCCUCCUUUAAAUGUGCAAUGUUUUGGGAGAAGAUAGAACCGUGAUGCGGUGUGGAACUUGCCAGCCGUUUGGAUGGUUCGGACAAGGCCUUUUUUUUCACCCUCCGAUGUGUGUGUUUUCCCAAUACAAAAAAACGGUUGCUGACUCUGCGGGCCAAGAGGACGAGGCGGAGGGGGCCAUGCCUUGCUGGGGUCUCUCCGUUUCAGGGAGACCCCGAGUGGUUUUAUAGCGUUUUUUUGGAAUUUCUCCUUUUGUAAUGUCCUGUAUUAAUAUUUAAAAAUAAAAUAUUUUAAAAGUA